GUGAGAGAGAGAGAGCGAGAGAGAGAGAGAUAUCUUAAAGGGGCGUGAGUUCCCGUGCUUACUCCUGCUGGUUUUGUUUAUCGUAGAGAGAACUGGCUGAGGUCAUCUAAAUCAAUAUCGACGGAAGACUGACUUUCCGUAUUUCAGCCUAUAGUUUGCUGCUCACCAGAGGUGGAAGCGCGAGACCGGAAACUGUGGAUAAGCAUCCGUGGCCGCUGCGAUAUGCCCGAGUCAUAAUCGGAUGCAGAGGACGUCAUAUCUGAGGACAGGACACAUGAGCGCAGAGCUCAGUAAAAGGAUGGUGUGACAGACGGACAAACAGACGGACAGGCAAACAGACGGACCGUAUAAAUCUUCACCCUCAACAGCCAGACCAUGGCCACUGCAUCCCUCCUCCUCCUCACCCUCACCGUCCUCCUCUCCUCUCUCCAUCCCUCUACCAGCCAGGUGAUCGUCAGCUCCUCCUCCUCUCUUCCAGACCCUGUCAUCACUCCAUCCCUCAAACCCAGCCUGCCUUCCUCUCGUCCCAGAGGACAGAGUGAUGUGCCAGUCAGAGUAAACAACAGGGAUUGGCCCACAGAGAGAGCAGGUGGGGGGCAGGCGGGCUCUGACCUGGGGCAGGGUGGGGGGGAAAUGGGCACUCCCACAACAAAGACUAGAACUACAGACCAAAGUCAACCCCUUUCCCCCUCUCAGAAACUCAAAAGUGGAUCGACCCAAAGCCAGUCUACUUCUGUUGAGGCUUGGACAGGUACUAUGGUAACCGCAGAGCCAAGUGGAGUUUCAUCUGCAAAGAUACCAACGGCGCUCCCACCCACCAAAUCCUCAGGUGCUGAGCCAUUGACAUCAGGGGGCAGGACUUCUGAUGGACCAAUCAUACCUGAGGAUUUGGAUGACUGGCCGGCAACUGGAUCAGGAAGUGAACUUGUCCCUACAGUGGUUGUGAAGGAGGAGUCACUGGUUGCCUUGACUACACCAGAUGAGAUGCCGCAAUUCCGGCCACAGGCUCAGACGGAGUUCAGCGGAGGUCCGUCUUCCAAGAUGGCAGAAGCUCAGACUACCCCGACGGUCAGCCUCACUGUACAACCCCGCCUCUCUGGGCUGACAACAUCCAAUAGGAUCGUCUCCACACAGUCAUCUGACAUUAGAGUGACAGCCGUACCUGUGGUGACACAGCCAACCUUCAUUGGAGGAGUAGUUACAGGUAAUAUGACAGAUAACGCCACUACGCCAACAGACGGACCAAUAGCAGGACAGACCCCCACUGUGACAUCACCGUCACUCAGACCCAUCACCCCUGGCUCCAUCAAUGAACAGCCAAAAUCUGUAGCGCCUCAAGGAACCAUCCCCAGCUCAACCAAUCAACAGCCAAGUACCACAACACAAGGAGCGACCACCACAACUACAACCAAUAAGACAGCAACAAAAGCAGAACCCAGAAGUACUUCCUCAAGCACAACCAAUCAACCAAAAAAGGCAACUGAACCAGAAAGAACUACAACAAGUACCACCAAACAGUCGACCAAGACAGGGACGACCCCUCUCCUCAUCACCCCUACUCUACAGAUUUUCCAAGGGCGGUAUGUCCCCAAAAAUGACAGCCGCCCAGCACAGAGGAACCACUCCAUCCCCAUGGGCCGCCCUCACCUCCCCCCAUCCUCCACUCCCGCCACUCCCUCCCCCCCUCCCAGCUCCUUCCCCUCCCCCAACGGAACCUCUCUGCUGUGGGAUGACCUGAGCAGGACGCUGGCCUUCGCCUGGGAGCUCCAUGUCUACGGCUCGGCUGGCCUCUUCCUGCUCCUCCUGGCUGGAGCCGCCCUGGGCCUGGCCCUAUCCCCCAGCAUGCACUGCCCUCACCGCGGUGCCCUGACCCUGGCCAACGCCCUCCUCCUCAUUGUGGGCGCAGCGAGGGCAGCACUGUUCAUGAUUGACCCCUACGGAACAAGGAAGAUUCUUCCCCGGCCUGCAGUGACUGCUCUCUAUAACCUCGCUCUGCCAUUACUGGUGUGGGCGCAGGCUGCCCUGGCUCUGCUGGCCAUGAAGGGGACAGGAGUGAGUCUGUUGCCCUCUGCUCUGGAGCGCCCUCCUCUGGUAGCUGUGUUGGCUGUGUUACAGUGCACCCUGCUUCUGGCUGCUGACCUGCUCUCCCCAGCCCUGUCCCCAGCCGUGCCUGUCACCCUGCAGUCCCUGUCUCUCUGCUGGGGCCUGGCUCUCUGUCUGGGCUACCUGUGCUACGUCUUCCCCCGCCUCCGCCACCCCACUGCCCAGCCACCUGUCCCAGAGGAGGGGAGGGCAGUUAAAGCCUGGCCGGGGGGUAGGAGGACAGGGUUGGUGCUGGGUCGUGUGCUGGCAGUGUGUGCCCUCCUGGGGGUGCUGUGCUGUGGGCUCCACGUCCACGCCACCCUGUGGCUGUACGGGUUGUUGGGGGACUGGAGGCGCUUCUGCUGGGGCUGGUGGCUGGUGCACUUCUGGGCCCGGCUGUUGGAGCUGGCCUGGGCCUUUUCUCUUCUCCUAUUGGGAUCCUGGGUGUUCUGGAGGCCCCGGGGGGCCCGAGGCAGAGGAGAUGGGGUAGCAGGGGAGGGCAGGCUGGGAGGAGAUCUCCCCUCCCCUGGACAGUCCUCUGGGUCGACACACAAACACACCUGCUGGGCCAAGAUAGUCCAGAGCCUGACAGGGAAGCCCUGUGGGAAGUCAGAGAGUAACGGAGUGGGAGGAUCAGUAGGAGGAGGAGGAGGGGCGGGGGAGCUGCCUAAUAACUGGGCGGGGCAGGAACGCUCAGGGGCAGACAUCAGCAAGAGCCUAAUCAGAAACCAGAACCGUGAGGCUCCACCCUCACAGCCACGCUGUGUCAAGGACAGCAACCGUGGCCGCAACCAGAGGGGCAUGUCUGCAGAAAGGGGUAUGUCUGACGGGUCCACAGGGUCACUGCUGCGGCUGCAGCCGUUAGGCCAGCCCCUACAGCACUCGCUGAGCGGCAGCGUGGAGCAGGAGAAAGAGUCAGGGGUGUCUCUGUAUGAUUUUGACCUGCGACCCCCCUCCCCCAUCGACCUGGGCCGCAGCAUCGAUGAGGCCCUGCACCGUGAGCACCUCCUCCAUGGGGGCAGUUUGUUCCAGCCCCUGUGCGCCCCCUCACCCACUCCUUCCCCGGGUUCAGCUGUCAGCCAGGGGGGGCCCUGGCUCCGCAGGAACAGCGACCCCCAGAUCUCUGACAGCAGCGAGGACCGCUCAGCCCGUACAGAGUCCUCCGUGCCACUGGGGGGCAGUGUGCUCAGCAGUGUUCCCAGCAGGCAGGUCACUGCUCCUCCCACGCCCUCUCACCAGGGGCAUCGCUGGGCCGGGGAUGGGGGGGGCAGUGUCCCCUCCUCAGUGUCCUGUCCCGUUUCCCUUCGGCCCUCCAGAACCUCCACGGUACAUCUCCUGCGGGAUGAUGGGGGAGACGACACGAGGCCGUUCCUCACCCCAGACUCUGAGACACAGAGUGGGAGGGCAGGCAGGGAGGGAGCAGGAGGGAAGAGCUACCUGGAGGUCAGCAGGCAGGAUGACUCAGCCAGCGUCAGCAGUGAGAUUAUUGACCUCUGAACCCUCAACUCCAACCCAGGACAUCUGGACCAAUGACCAAGCCCCAAGCAAAACCAUCAAGAACUUAUGUAAUACCUUAACUCUUAGGUGAUAACUUUAACUCUAUCUUGUCAACUAGAUAGACUUUAUCAUAAACAUUGACUCAACUACAUUCGGACUGCCACGUGAAUCAUGGACAGAGGACUUAUUUUAUGAAAAUUAGGAAAAAUACAGAAAAGCUUCCCCUGACUAAAAUAGUUGUCUUAUAUGGGACAUUAUCCAGUGUUUGCUCUAAAUCAGAGUGGUUCAAAGGCUGCUAACCGGACUCAGAUUCUGGGGCAUAGAGCACAGGUUCGAACAACAGAGCACACACACACUCAUGCCUACAGAUACACACCUGUGUACCUUUGACUAAAUCGCUACAUUUCAAGCAUCACAUACAGCAGCACAUACAUUCACUCUUUGUAACACUACUGUUUAAGGUGGUCUUGAGAGAACAGAGGAAUGGAUUGACACAGGAUUCAUAUUGGUGACGACCCAGGGAUUCCUUAAAAUAUCUAUUGGUCAUCCCUACCUUUCCCUCUGUGGAUCCAUUGUUUAGACACAAUGUUUUAUGGAUGUAUGUUAAAUAUGAAUGUGGUAGCUCCUACCUUUUAUGAAAGCCCUUGUGCUCCCUGUGAAAAUGUCUUUAUAUGAAUUUGACUUUAUUUGCGUUGAUAGUAUUAAUCUGCUGUCCUUGAUAUUUCAACUUGAUGCAUACAUACUUUAAUGUGUUUUUAGGAUAUGUGCCAUAUACAUUGAUCACGUCAGUGGUUGUUUUGAUGUUAUGCUUCAAAAUACAUUAAUAACGCAUUACUUGACUGACAAUGGUGUCUUUCCGUAGUUCCCCUAGCAGGAAGGUAGCGUAGCAGUCCACACUCCAAAAACAUAGGAUUGCUGGUUAUCGGCUCAUAAUUUAGUUGCUGUUUCAGUACAGUCUGCCUUGUAUGUAAAUAUGAUGUUUAUUACAUAAGGAAAAACAACCUCCUAGAUAUACUACUGCAUAAAGAAAGCGCAUUGACCUGUGUAGCUGUGGCUGAUGCCUGGAGCUCUAGCUAAAAUAGUUCCUGCUAAAACCAGACAUUCGAAGACAUUGUUGUUUGAAGGUAACACUGGUACAUUUCACCUGCUGAUUGUGGUACAUUCUAUCAUCAUGGCCGUCAAAGCCUAUGACUGCAUUUUUAACACUCAAUAUCACUGGCAACAGUAUAAAUAUACCAAUAACAUUUUAUCAGUUGCAGCAUAUCAGUGCAUACCGUGAACUUGAGUUAUUUUUAGCUGUACUCAAUGCUCCACACAGUUAAGCGGUGUUGCAUUACACAACGCUGACCUACUAUGAAGCACAACGCUCGUGUACUAUAGUAGUACUUUACAGACGUCUAUAAGCCUAGACCUGAGCACUCUAGACUGAAGUAUUUUUAUUACAGGAAAAAGCAUACAAGUAUAUUAUGUAACAUAAGAAAGUAUGUAAAUACUGUUAUUUUUUGAUGUUUGUAAAUAAAGGUAUUUACUGUGAGGACAAUCUAAAGUGGUCUUGCUGAGGUUUCUGAGGCAUAGAACAGUUGUCUACUAAGAGAGUGAUAAAUGGUCAUGACUUCGGGAGGAAUAUUGGGAACAAUGACUGUCCAGCACUAAUUUAUGAUGUUCAGGGCUCCGUUCAGGAUAGAAGUGUUGAAAAAGGUUUCACAACAGUACCUGGAACUGCCACAAUGGUUAGUGUUUAACGUUUAGGGGUUAAAGAGCAGUGGCAAUGGCACACUCUCAUUUGGAGCUGCAUAAUUUCAAAACAGUUCAAAACUGUCCAGUGAUCAUGAACGAAGCUCAGAAGUCAAUCCUCAGUCCCAUAUUUCCACUCGAGACCCGGGUUGAGUAAAAUAGGCACAAAAUGAGACAACAUGUUUUGAAACGGAGUGAAAUGGGGAGGUACUACCUGAAGCCGUCCAAUAAGAAACUCUCAUAAAAAUGUUUGUUUCAAAAUCCUUCCAAACGUGUCCUACUGAACACAACCUGGGUCCCUGUGUGACAGGAUCUCCUGUUUCCUGUUUCCUGCCUCCCUCAGGGUCAGUACAGUCUCUCCCUGUGAUGUGAAAUGCUUGACUUGUGUGGUAUUUACAGUACAGUACAGAACAAUGGGGUUGUGUUGUUGUCUACAUUCCAAUGACCCCGUCUGAUUUCAGUGUACUUUGCUGUUUCUCCAUUCGCUUUCAGCUCGAGGUACUGUAGAAAUCAUCCUUAUAACCACAGGUCCAGGAUCAGAUUAUCCUACCUCCAAUUCUUACCUUAACCAUUAGGGUGGGUGAAGAAUACCUGACCCUGUAUCAGUGAUCUGGGGCAACUUCUGCCUCAUUUAUUUCAUUAUGGGGUUGAGUUAGGAGGACCUUCAUCAGUGACUGACAGUUGUGGGGAUGUUUGUGGUGUUUCCUCCACCAAUGCGGUAUGUGCCAUAGUACAGUAAACCAAUCCGUUCUCCUCUCCGUACAGUAGUCACAAUUCAGAGGUACAGUAGUAGAGAUAUUCCAACAUAUUCAUUUCAUUAAUUUGCUCAUUGACUCUGUUUCUAUAUGAAGUUGUAUUAUUUUUGUGCUGCAGCCUCAAAUAAAUAUUAGAAAUGUG